UGUUGGUCCUCAAAUCUGUUUGAUUUCAAACAACUCUAGCUUUUAAACACUUGAAAAUGGUGUAUUUCCUUUUUGGCAGCAGGUGAAGUAUGUGUUCUGAAAUACAGCAUGGUUGUAAAUAGAAACAGCUUUACAUAGUAAUUACAUCACGUUACCUUUUGGGUCUUCAAGGGAACUUAUUGUCAAGAUCUGAAAGACUUUAAAAAACUCUUCUUAGGUACAUUAAACUCUUAAAUGCACGUAGGUACUGAAAAAGGGGAAAAUAUUUUCUGUUGUCCUGUAGUGGAGUCCCCUUUUUAAGCUGUGGGGGGGAGUGUUCGGCUGCGGGCCGCAGCCUGUGUCCCUGUGCUCCGUGUGGGACAGAGCGGUGCCCGUGACUCAGCUCUGCCGGGCGAGGAUCCGCCUUCCCCGGACCGGUGAAUUGUCUGCCGCUGGAUCACUUUAAUGUUCUGACUGAAAUGGUGCGACCCUUAACUUGAGGGCUCCAUCUGCUUCCUGCCCUCGUCCCUGAUGAAUAGGGCAGGAAUUGGCAGCAGUGUGGUCAGCUAUGUGACCUCAUUUGUGUGGCGUCUGGGUGGAGCGCCCCGAUCUUCGCUAGGCGAGCAGCUGAGAAAGCGAAUUGCAGCAAUUCCCUGGCUGAGCCUCCAGCGGGUGAAACCCGGGCUCGCUGCAGGGCAAGGAGAUGCCUUCACUCUGACGCUUGAUGAACACAAUGAUGUACAGAAAAAAACCUUUACAAAAUGGAUAAAUGCUCGGUUUUCCAAGAGUGGGAAGGCCCCAGUGAAAGACAUGUUCACAGAUCUCAAAGAUGGAAGGAAGCUUUUGGACCUUUUGGAGGGUCUGACAGGGAAACCUCUGCCUAAAGAACGAGGUUCCACACGAGUACAUGCCUUAAAUAACGUCAACCGAGUACUGCAAGUCUUACAUCAGAACAAUGUGGAGUUGGUGAAUAUUGGAGGAACUGACAUUGUUGAUGGAAAUCACAAGCUGACGCUGGGGCUGCUGUGGAGCAUUAUCUUGCACUGGCAGGUGAAGGAUGUCAUGAAGAACAUCAUGUCAGAUUUGCAGCAGACCAACAGUGAGAAGAUACUGCUGAGCUGGGUCCGCCAGUGCACCAGACCUUACAGUCAGGUCAAUGUUUUGAACUUCACCACCAGCUGGGCUGAUGGACUCGCCUUUAAUGCUGUUAUUCACAGACAUAAACCUGAGCUGUUCAGCUGGGAUAAAGUUACAAAGAUGUCUCCAGUUGAGAGACUGGAAAAUGCUUUCAACAUAGCCAAGAACCACUUAGGAAUAGAGAAACUGUUGGAUCCUGAAGAUGUUGCUGUACAGCUUCCAGACAAAAAGUCCAUUAUUAUGUAUUUAACUUCUUUGUUUGAGGUCCUUCCUAAGCAAGUUACAAUGGAAGACAUUCGGGAGGUGGAAACCCUUCCAAGGAGAUACAAACAGGAAUGUGAGGAUGGAGAAUUCAGCAUGCAGCAGACUGUGGCACUUGAAGAAGACCAGGACAGUUCUAGAGCAGAGACUCCCAGCACAGUGACAGAGGUGGAUAUGGACUUGGAUAGCUACCAAGUUGCUCUGGAAGAAGUUCUUACAUGGUUGCUGUCAGCUGAGGAUGCAUUUCGGGAACAGGAGGAAAUAUCUGGUGAUGUUGAGGAAGUCAAAGAACAAUUUUCCACCCAUGAAAGUUUUAUGAUGGAACUGACUGCACACCAGAGCAGUGUGGGCAAUGUUCUGCAGGCUGGAAACCAACUGGUGGCCCAGGGAAAUCUGUCACCUGAAGAAGAGUUUGAGAUCCAGGAGCAAAUGCUGCUGCUGAACUCCCGCUGGGAGGAACUCAGGGUGGAGAGCAUGGACAGGCAGUCCCGCCUGCACGACAUGCUGAUGGAGCUCCAGAAGCAGCAGUUGCAGCAGCUGUCUGAUUGGCUGACGGUCACAGAGGAGCGCAUUCAGAAGAUGGAAUCUCAGCUCUUAGCAGAAGAUUUACAGUCACUUCAAAAACAGCUGGAAGAACAUAAGAGCCUGCAGAGUGACCUAGAGGCAGAACAGGUGAAGGUCAACUCCCUAACUCACAUGGUGGUCAUUGUUGAUGAAAGCAGUGGGGAAAGUGCAACAGCUAUUCUGGAGGAACAAUUGCAGAGACUUGGUGAGAGGUGGACAGCAGUUUGUCGCUGGACUGAGGAUCGGCGGGUCAAGCUGCAAGAAAUUCAGCUUUUAUGGCAGGAGCUGCUGGAAGAGCAGUGCUUAUUGAAAGCUUGGUUAACAGAGAAAGAAGAGGCUUUGAGUAAGGUCCAGACGAGCAACUUUAAAGAUCAAACAGACCUGAGUGUGAAUGUUCGAAAACUAGCGAUUUUAAAAGAGGACUUGGGUAUGAAACGACAAACACUAGACCAGCUGAAUGAACUAGGUCAGGAUGUGGCCCAAAUCCUUGGGAAUGGCAAAGCAUCCAGUAAAAUUGAUCAGGAUCAAGAAGAACUAACUCAGAGGUGGGACAGUUUGGUUCAGAAGCUAGAGGAUUACUCUAACCAGGUAACUCAAGCUGUAGGAAGCAUAGGAAUGUCCCAGGUUUCACAGAAGACUGCUGCAGAAACACCAUUGAAGGAACACACAGUGGUUAAACAGUCCAGACAAGAAUUGCCCCCACCACCACUACCAAAGAAGAGGCAAAUUCCAGGGGACGGUGAAGCAAAGAGAAAGUUUGAUGCUGAAAGUACUGAGCUCUUGAACUGGAUUUCAAAAUCAAAAUCUGCCAUUCAGGCCGCAGACAUCAAAGAAUAUAAGAAGAUGAGAGAGACUUCAAGCAUGAAAGAAAAAUUGAAGGUGAUUGAAAAGGAAAGAGCUGAAAAAAGCCAGAUGUUAGAUGAACUGAAACGAAGUGGACACAUUCUUUUGGAGCAAAUGGGAAAGGAAGGACUUCCUACAAUGGAUGUAAAAUCUGUGAUGGAGAAAAUUUUGUCGGGGUGGAAAGAUGUGGUUCAAAAUCUAGAAGAAGUGGCUAGAAAGAUAAAGUACCAGGAAGAUAUAAAUGUGUAUUUAAAGGAAAUUAAUGAGCUUGAGAAGACUUUAAUUGAGAAGGAUGACUGGCUUAAAAAAGACUCUUCUUCAGCAUCCCAGUCCUCAGCAUUUCUGAAAGACUUAUGUCAGGAGGAGUUAACUAAUCUUGUAAGCCUGAGUCCACGGUUGGAGCAUCUGAAAGCCACCUGCAAGACACUCACUUCUCAGCCCAUGUCUCCAAAUUUCAUUCAGGAGAACUUGAGUGGUUUUCUUGAUCACUUCAAAUUGACGCGUCAGAAACUAGAGGAACGUCACCAACAGCUGAAGAAAGAGACAGAAGGGCGGCCGAGCCGAGAGUACGUGGAGUCCCUGCAGCAGCUGAAGGACGCUCUGAGCGAGCUGGAGGGCAGGCAGCACUCCAUUGCCAGUGGCCUGAGUGAGCCUAGCAAAGUGGAGAGUGCCCUGCAGCAGGCAAAGACAGUUUGUGAGACACUGGAAGCUCAGAAGCCCAGGGUAGAUAAACUUGCUGAAGAAACAAAGGCUUUGGAGAAGCAUGCAUCUUCGGAUAUAAAAAACACCUACAUGCAAGAGUUCAAGGAUGUGCAGGGACGCUGGGACAAGUUAAAGCUCAAGAUUUCCAAAGAUGUUAAACUACUGGAGGAAAUUAUGCCCAAGUUGAGAAUAUUUGAGACUGACUCUAAAGUUGUGCAGAAGUGGAUGGGUGGUGUGAAAGACUUUUUAAUGACAGAAAAGGCUGUUCAAGGGGAUACUGAAGGACUUCAAAGGCAACUUGACCAGUGCACAAUGUUUAUCAAUGAAAUGGAAACAAUUGAACCAUCCCUAAAAGAGAUGAAAGAAGUAGAGGCUGCUUUAAGAGCUCAGCCUAUUGCGAGCAUAAAUACUUGGACAAAGUCUAGGCUAGUAGACUGCCAGACUCAGUGGGAGAAGCUGAGCAAACAGAUCAUUAGUCAGAAAAAUCGCCUGUCUGAAAGUCAGGAAAAAGCUGUAAAUCUGAAGAAGGAUUUGGCAGAGAUGCAAGAAUGGAUGACCCAAGCUGAAGAAGAAUAUUUGGAGAAAGAUUUUGAAUACAAGUCCCCUGAAGAGCUAGAGAAUGCAGUAGAGGAAAUGAAGAGAGCGAAGGAGGAUGUGUUGCAGAAGGAGGUGAGGGUGAAGAUUCUGAAGGACAAUAUCAAGAUGUUGGCCACCAAAGUGCCGUCCAGUGGUCAGGACCUGGCGACUGAGUUGAAUGUCGUGCUGGAGAACUACCAGCUACUGUGCAAUCGGAUCCGGGGGAAAUGCCACACUUUGGAGGAAGUGUGGUCCUGUUGGAUUGAGCUGCUUCAGUAUCUUGAUUUAGAAACAGCUUGGCUAAACAAUCUGGAAGAAAGAGUGCAAAUGACAGGAAAUCUGCCUGAUAAAUUGGAUGCUGUCAAUGAUGCUCUUGAGUCCCUGGAAUCAGUCCUGCGUCACCCAGCUGAUAAUCGCACCCAGAUUCGGGAACUCGGGCAGACAUUGAUUGAUGGAGGGAUUCUUGAUGACAUCAUCAGUGAAAAAUUGGAAGCUUUCAAUGCCCGCUAUGAGGAAUUGAGUCACCUGGCGGUGAGCCGACAGAUCGCCCUGGAACAGCAGCUUCAGACCAUGCGAGAAACUGACCACAUGCUGCAGGUCUUGCAGGAAAGCUUAGGAGAUCUGGAUAGACAGCUGACAUCUUACCUGACUGACAGGAUAGAUGCCUUUCAGAUGCCCCAGGAGGCCCAGAAAAUUCAAGCUGAGAUUGCAGCUCAUGAAUCCACCUUAGAAGAGCUGAAGAAAAGUGCUCGCUCUUUCCCUCCUGCUUCUCCUGAAUGCAGGUCUCCCCGUGGUGGAACUCAGCUGGAUGCUUUGCAGAGAAAGCUCCGUGAAGUAUGUACCAAGUAUCAGCUUUUCCAGAAACCAGCCAAUUUUGAGCAGCGCAUGUUAGAUUGCAAGCGAGUGUUGGAUGGUGUAAAAGCAGAACUUCAUGUCUUGGAUGUGAAGGAUACUGACCCAGAUGUAAUCCAAGCUCACUUGGAGAAGUGCAUGAAACUCUAUAAGACCCUCAGUGAGGUGAAAUUGGAAGUUGAAACUGUCAUCAAGACAGGAAGGCAAAUUGUACAGAAACAGCAGACGGAUAAUCCUAAAGGGAUGGAUGAACAACUGACAGCACUGAAAUUUCUUUACAAUGAUUUGGGGGCACAGGUGACAGAAGGAAAACAAGACCUGGAAAGAGCAACUCAGCUGGCACGCAGAAUGAGGAAGGAGUCUGCCUCUCUGUCAGAGUGGCUGGCUAGCACUGAAGCUGACCUUGUGCAGAAGUCCACUUCAGAGAGCUUGCUUUCUGAUCUAGAUUCAGAAAUUGCCUGGGCCAAAAAUGUGCUGAGAGAGCUGGAGAGGAGGAAGGCUGAUCUGAAGAGCAUCACAGAAAGCUGCACUGCACUCCAGUCUCUGGUGGAAGGGAGUGAGACUGUCCUGGAGGAGAAGCUGUGUGUCCUUAAUGCUGGCUGGAGCAGAGUUCGAACCUGGACUGAGGACUGGUGUGACACCUUGUUGAAUCACCAGGGCCAGCUGGAAAUUUUUGACGAAAAUGUUGCCCACAUAAGUACUUGGUUGUAUCAGGCUGAAGCCUUACUGGAUGAAAUUGAGAAGAAGUCAGCUAGCCAAAAGGAGGAAACUGUGAAGCGUUUAACAUCUGAACUAGAUGACGUCAGUCUCCGAGUGGAUAAUGUCCGUGACCAGGCUGUCAUCUUAAUGAACGGUCGCGGCGUGUCGUGCCGGGAACUUGUUGAACCCAAACUGGCAGAACUCAACCGUAAUUUUGAGAAGGUCUCUCAGCACAUCAAAAGUGCCAAGAUGCUUGUUGGACAAGAACGACUUCCUGUCAUGUCAGAGCCCCGUGAAGUUAGAGUGGCUUUUCCAGACCUGGACAAAUUUGAGAGUGACAUACAGAAUAUGUUAAAAGUUGUGGAAAAGCAUCUAGAGUUGAGUGGGGAAGAUGAAAAGCUGGAUCAAGAAAGAGCUCAGAUGGAAGAAGUUUUACAGAGAGGAGGGCAGUUGCUCCAGCAGCCUAUGGAGGACCAUAGGAGAGAGAAGAUCCGCCUACAGUUGUUGCUUCUGCAGAAAAAGUACAACAGUUUGCAGGAGUUCAGGUCAUUUCAAAGGAGGCAGGCGGUGGAACUCUCUCCAGUGUUUUCCCAGUAUAAGAAGGAACAUGAUAGUCUAAUGAAGUGGCUGAAUGAGGCUGAGGACCGUCUGUCAGGGCUGCAAGGUGUGGAGGAUGAACAAAAACUACAGGCAAUCCCUGUUCAGCAGAGGUUAAAAGGCCAAUUUGCUACAGGAGUUAGGACCUUGCCUUUCUCAGCUGAGUACUUGGUUGAAAUCAACAAAGUUUUGCUGGCCAUGGCUGAUGUUGAACUGCUGCUGAAUGCACCAGAGCUGAAUACUGGCAUCUAUGAGGAUUUUUCAGCUCAGGAAGAUGCACUGAAGAACGUAAAAGAUAUUUUGGAUAAGCUUGGGGAUCAAAUUGCAGUAAUACAUGAAAAGCAGCCUGAUGUUAUAUUGGAAGCAUCUGGACCUGAGGCAAUACAAAUAGGAGAUGCACUAACACAGCUGAAUGCAGAAUGGGACAGAAUUAAUAGAAUGUACAAUGAUCGUAAGUGUUGCUUUGAUAGAGCCAUAGAGGUGUGGAGGCAGUUCCACUGUGACCUCAGCGAUCUCUCCCACUGGGUGGCGGAGGCUGAGGCGCUGCUGGCCGAGGCGCGCGGGCCGGAUGGCAGCCUGGAGCUGCAGGCAGCUGGGCUGCACCAGCAGGAACUUGAAGAGGGAGUCACCAGCCAUCAGACCAGUAUUUCAGCAUUGAACAGAACUGGGGAAGGGAUCAUACAGAAACUGUCUGCUACAGAUGGGAGCUUCCUACAGGAGAAACUGGCAGGAUUGAAUAGACGCUGGAAAGCAAUCACAACAGAGGUCAUGGAUAGACAACAGAGGCUAAAAGGAGAGAACCAGCAGCUGAUAGAGUAUAGAAGGAAGCUUGAUGAGCUGCGUUGUUGGUUGGAAAAUGUAGAAAAUGCUCUGGACACAAGAUUUGCGUUCAACCACGAGGAAAACUUGCAGGAAUUACAGGUCUUAAGUGAAGAGAUGGAAGUUCUGGGUGACAAACUGGAGUGGCUGAACAGAACUGAAUCUGAAGUACUGUUGGAUAAAAAUAUUGAUCUUCAGGAAAAAAACAAACUUUCUGAUUGUCUGCAGUCCCUCAAUGUGAGGUGGAAUAAGGUGUUCAGAGAAGUGCCUGACAAAGUGAGAGAAUUGGAGGCAUUUGUUGGGCAGUCCCGUUUUGUUACAAAGACAAAGCCUCCUGAUAUCCAAAAGGUGGUGCUAACAUCUUCUUCAUUGGAAAUUCCUGUUCAGACUCAGCAGGCUUUGGAACUUUCUGCACCUGCUGAUCUGGACAAAACUAGAACUGAGCUGGCUGACUGGUUGGUACUGAUUGACCAGAUGCUCAAGUCAAACAUAGUCACAGUGGGAAAUACUGAAGAGAUCAAUCGGACUAUUGCACGAAUGAAAAUAACCAAUGCAGAUAUGGACCAUCGGCACCCUCAGCUUGAUUCUGUUUUUACAUUGGCUCAGAAUUUGAAAAAUAAAACUUCCAGUUCAGACAUUAGGACAGAGAUCACAGAAAAAAUGGAGAAGCUGAAGAACCAGUGGGACAGCACCCAGCACAGCGUGGAGGUGAGGCAGCAGCAGCUGAGGCACAUGCUGGCAGACAGCCUGCAGUGGCACGAGCAGAGGCAGGACAUGGAGCACCUCAUGGAGCAGUGCGAGACCCGGCUGCGAGCGCUCCUGCAGGCCCCAAAAGAGAUGCUUGCCAAACAGAUGGCAGAGAGCAAACUGUUGGUACAGGAUUUGCAUAGAGGUGACAUCACAGUAGCAGCAUUCAAUGAUCUUUCUAAUAAACUGCUUCGAGAGUAUCGUGAUGACGACUCAAGGAAGGUGAAGGAAACCACUGACCAAAUGAACACUUGCUGGGUUAAUCUCAACCAAAGAGCUGUUGAUAGGCAGAAUUUCUUGGAGACAGAGAUGAAGACAGUACAGGCCUCACACAAGGAUCUGGAGAGCUUCCUCAAGUGGAUUCAAGAGGCAGAGACAACAGUAAAUGUUCUGGCAGAUGCAUCCGAGCGUGAGAACACUGCUCAGGACAGUAUCUACGUAAGGGAACUCAGAAAGCAAAUGCAGGACAUCCAAGCUGAGAUUGAUGCCCACAAUGACAUCUUUAAAAGCAUUGAUGGAAACAGACAGAAAAUGGUGAAAGCCUUGGGAAACUCUGAGGAAGCUGCUCUGCUCCAGCACCGGCUUGAUGACAUGAACCAGCGCUGGAAUGACCUGAAGGCAAAGUCAGCUAACAUCAGGGCUCACUUGGAGGCCAGUGCAGAGAAAUGGAACAGAUUGCUGACAUCUCUGGAAGAGUUAAUCAAAUGGCUGAACGCAAAAGAUGAAGAACUGAAAAAACAGAUGCCUGUUGGAGGGGAUGUUCCAACCUUACAGCAGCAGUAUGACCACUGCAAAGCCCUGAGGCGUGAGCUGAAGGAAAAAGAGCAAACCAUUCUCAAUGCUGUGGACCAGGCACGAGUUUUCCUUGCUGACCAACCAAUUGAGGGGCCUGAGGAACCAAGGAGGAGCUUGCAUUCAAAAACAGAAUUGACUCCUGAGGAGAAAGCCUUGAAGAUUGCCAAAGCCAUGCGUAAACAAUCAUCGGAGGUAAAAGAGAAAUGGGAGAACCUAAAUGCCAGUGCCAGUAUCUGGCAGAAGCAAGUAGACAAAGCAUUAGAAAAACUGAAAGACCUUCAGUGUGCCAUGGAUGACCUUGACGCUGAUUUGAAGGAGGCUGAAAAUGUGAGGAAUGGCUGGAAACCUGUAGGAGACUUGCUCAUAGAUUCAUUACCAGAUCACAUUGAGAAAACUACAGCUUUUAGAGAAGAAAUUGCUCCCAUCAACUUAAAAGUUAAAACAGUGAAUGAUUUGUCCAGCCAGCUGUCUCCCCUUGACCUUUAUCCAUCUUUGAAGAUGUCUCGUCAACUGGAUGAUCUUAAUAUGCGGUGGAAACUUUUACAGGUGUCUGUAGAGGAUCGUCUUAAACAGUUACAGGAGGCACACCGAGAUUUUGGACCUGCAUCACAGCAUUUUCUUUCCACCUCAGUACAGUUUCCGUGGCAGAGAUCUGUUUCACAUAACAAAGUGCCCUAUUAUAUCAAUCAUGAGACACAGACGACUUGUUGGGAUCAUCCUAAAAUGACUGAUCUCUUCCAGUCCUUAGCUGACCUGAACAACGUGCGCUUCUCCGCCUACCGCACAGCCAUCAAAAUCCGCCGGCUGCAGAAAGCACUGUGCUUGGACCUGUUGGACCUGAACACGACAAGUGAAGUUUUCAAACAGCACAAGUUGAGUCAAAAUGAUCAGCUGAUUGGUGUCCAGGAUGUGAUCAGCUGUCUCACUACCAUCUACAGUGGACUUGAAGAGAAACACAAAGAUAUGGUGAAUGUUCCUCUCUGUGUAGACAUGUGUCUUAACUGGCUACUCAACGUGUAUGAUAGUGGCCGAACUGGAAAAAUUCGAGUGCAGUCCCUGAAAAUUGGCUUGAUGUCUCUUUCUAAGGGCCUUCUGGAAGAGAAGUACAGAUACCUCUUCAAGGAGGUAGCAGGCCCUACAGAAAUGUGUGAUCAGAGGCAGCUGGGCCUUCUGCUUCACGAUGCUAUCCAGAUCCCACGGCAGCUUGGGGAAGUGGCAGCCUUUGGUGGCAGCAACAUUGAACCCAGCGUGCGCAGCUGCUUCCAACAGAACCACAAUAAGCCGGAAAUAACUGUAAAGCAAUUCAUAGAUUGGAUGCGCUUGGAGCCACAGUCUAUGGUGUGGUUGCCAGUUCUGCACCGUGUGGCAGCUGCAGAAACAGCAAAACAUCAGGCCAAGUGCAACAUCUGUAAGGAGUGUCCAAUUGUUGGAUUUAGGUACCGGAGCUUAAAACAUUUCAACUAUGAUGUCUGUCAGAGCUGUUUCUUUUCUGGCCGCACAGCAAAGGGGCAUAAAUUGCAUUAUCCAAUGGUGGAGUAUUGUAUACCUACAACAUCUGGGGAAGAUGUACGGGACUUCACAAAGGUGCUGAAGAAUAAAUUCCGGUCAAAGAAGUAUUUUGCAAAGCAUCCCCGACUUGGCUACUUACCUGUGCAAACAGUGUUGGAGGGUGACAACCUGGAGACUCCUAUCACUCUGAUCAGUAUGUGGCCAGAGCAAUAUGAUCCUUCCCAGUCUCCACAGCUGUUUCAUGAUGACACACACUCCAGGAUAGAACAAUAUGCUACUAGGCUUGCGCAGAUGGAAAGGACCAAUGGCUCCUUCCUCAUGGACAGCAGCUCCACCACAGGAAGUGUAGAGGAUGAGCAUGCCCUUAUCCAGCAGUAUUGUCAGACGCUGGGAGGAGAGUCACCUGUGAGUCAGCCACAGAGUCCUGCUCAGAUUCUCAAGUCAGUGGAGAAGGAGGAGCGGGGAGAGUUGGAGCGUAUCAUUGCUGACCUUGAGGAAGAGCAAAGGAGUCUGCAGAUAGAAUAUGAGCAACUAAAGGAGCAACAUCUUCGGAGAGGACUAAACCCUCUUGCGUCACCUCCCGACUCUGUUGUGUCACCUCAGCAUGCUUCUGAAGAUGCUGAGCUCAUUGCUGAAGCUAAACUCCUGAGGCAGCAUAAAGGUCGCCUGGAAGCAAGGAUGCAAAUAUUGGAAGAUCACAAUAAACAAUUGGAGUCUCAGCUUCACAGGCUACGGCAGCUACUCGAGCAGCCCGAGUCAGACUCCCGGGUCAAUGGCGCCUCCCCCUGUGCUUCACCCCAGCACUCUGCCCUGGGCUUCCCCCUGGAGCAGGACACAGGCUCACAGUUCCAUCAGACAGAUGACUUGUUAGUUCCACCUCAUGAUACCAACACAGAUCUAACAGAUGUUAUGGAGCAAAUCAACAAUACAUUUCCAGCUUGCAGCUCAAGUUUCACUGGCAGACCACAGGCCAUGUGAGGUGCUCCCCGGGCUGUCAGCCAGUGCUUCUGGCGUGCAGCACAACCCUGCUGUGCGUCUGCCGGCCGCGCGUUCCGCCUCAUCGCCAACCUGCACGGGAGCCGGGACACUCCGCGUGCUCUGACCACGUGUUCUGCUUGAGACAGUGCAACACUGAACACCCAAAGAAAAGGAUGUUGUUUUUAUAGUCUCUUUUUUUUUCCUUCCUUCUUCCCUUUCUAUGCAACUGUAAAUUAACGAGCAGUGGAAUAUUUGUCACUGAUUUGUAUAAAUAUACAGCCAGGGGAAAAGGGGCAGGGGCUUUAUAUACGUUCCUUUUGAUAAUCGUAAAGAGAACUGCAUAAGGAGUUUGGAGCAAAGCGUUACAUUUAUACAUUCCUUUCAACUCUUUGCUUUUGCAUUGUAAAGUACCCUUAGUUAUAUUCUCACACAUGUAAUAUCCUGUACUGAUUAUUUGUAUGCUAACCAUAUGACCACACAGAUUUCAGAAUAUCCUUGCAUUGUUUUCAGCAUUGGCAAAUGAAGUUCCCAUAAUCUGCAUUAUUGUUACUGGUUAACAACAUUAGGUGCAAGAUACAACAUUUUAGUUCAAUUAAACAAGGUAAACUCUCAUUUCAAGUAAUAACUAGCAUCCUCACGUACCUAAGUGGUAUUUUUAACUUCCAUUUUGUUAUUUCCAGACAACACUCCAUUUGGAGGAUUAUUUUUUUAAGCUUUACUUUGAAUCGGGAGAUAGCUAAAAAGAGGACUUAGAUGGUAGCGUAAGUUGGUUUUAGUAAGAACUAAGUUAGUGUAAUCCUUCCCAACAUUGUUCAGAAACAAAGCUUUGCUGUUCCCUGCUGGGCCAAACUUGCUUCAAGUUUUGGAAUUUACAGUCUGUGAAGUGAAGCUCAUUUCUGUGAGAUCCUUUUCUUUUGUCUGCCUCUUGGAAAUGAAGAGACACUUAGAAAGCCCUUUCCAAUACUAUUAGCAACAGAACUUUCUCCAGAACUGCAGUGCACAUAGAUGUUAUCAUUUGGCAUUGUAAUCUUGCAGAUCACCCCUAUCUUUAUGAUAAUUUAUUUAUUUUAUUACUUUUGAUAAGGAUAAUUAUGGGAAAUUAUGUCACUGAUCCUCUGAUCUCUAGUUUAAAGGUUAUCAUCAGAGAUUUUAAUGCCUUCACAGAGUUUACAAUGCUGCAUGGACACUUGCUUUAAUUCUAGGACAUACCUUUAAUUGGUAAAACUGCAUGCAAUACCUUUCAUGUAUAGUAAAGAGAAACAAAGCUGUGUUCUUAAUUUUUACUGAAGGAAAAAACCCUUAUCUUUAAAUGGUAUUGAAAGAGGUGUAAAAUUCUCUACUGCUACUAAAAAAAUGCUAGGGGACAUUAGAAGAGCAGGUCACGAAUUCCAAGUGGCUUUGUGAAGUUUUGCCAGCCAGACUGUCCUGCACCCACAGUAUUUACUCCUGAACUGCUGCUGCUCAAGGAGUGAUUCAGGCACAGUGUUGACCACCUUCUACUGGUGGCACCAGUGCCAAUUCUUUCUGAACCCUUUGGCAAGUUAUUUAACCACUCUGCCUCUGUUUUCCCAUCUGUAAAAUGGGGAUGAUAGUGCUUACCUCUCAAAGGUGGUGUAGACUUGGCAUUUCUACAGAGCUUUUCAGAUGCUAACUAAGUAUUAGUCUUGAGCAAGUGGAGCAAAGCUAUCAAGGUGAGAGGAGAAGAUGCUGGCUCCUAUUAAAAUGUAGUGUAGUUAUUUUGAGAAGAAAAAGCCCCACAUUUUACAGAAGAGGAAAACCAUGACCACCUUUCUACCUCAGACCUAUCUUCAUAAGUAGUAUUGGAAAUAGCUUUACAUUCUGCUCUCUGCAAAGUACUUGGCUUUUAUCAAGCUACAUAAUUCUCUAGGCAAAGAAUCUUUAAAAAUACUCCCAACAUACGCAUAAAAAGAAAUCAGUAGUGAAUUUGGUGGAUUUUAUUUUUGUUCUGAAUAUGAGGUUAUGUAUAAAGUUGUUUUUCUGCCUGUGUUUGUAUGCAUCCUUUGUCCUCUGCUGCCAAGUAAAUGCUGCUUCAAACACUACAUUGUAACAUUCUUCCUCUGAGACUAUAAUAAAUAAAAGGAAUAUAUUGCAGUAACAUGAGAAAAA